UUCGACCAAUCAGAUUGGUGACUGAGUACCACAUGACAAACUGCGCUAAACACAAUAACAGCUGAUAAACAAGUGAAAGCAUAGGAAGGAAGAGAGUGACAUGACUUCAAACGGAGUAAUUUCUGAAGAAAAUUUCCUCCAAAAUGGCGAAGUCGAUAUAGAAAACGAUGAAGUCAAUGGCAAUAUUGGUGAAGAUGAGAUGGUUUCCUCAAUUGACAGUCCUUCUAAAGAAAUAAGAAUAGUUCGAAAAGCAAAAAGAUUUCAUCGACAGAACUCUGGAGAAGGACAACCUGGCAAUGGAGUGUUACCAAAUAUCAAACAAAAUAAUAAUAAAUCGGUCAUUCUGGGCCUAAAAAAUAGUCGUAAAUCUCGAGAUGGCUUGGGUCGAGGACUAGCAAAAAAAGGUGGUGCUGGAGGUAAAGGCACAUGGGGUGCACCAGGGGAUGAAUUAUUUGAGGAUGGUAGUUGCAGGGAUGCAAAAGAUCCUAACUACGACUCAGAUAGUCAGGAUGAAUAUGUUGUUGAUUCUGUUGAACCUGAGAUGACACAAGAGGAGUUUAUGAAGGUUGUAGAACCAGUGUUAUUAGAAUAUUUUGAACAUGGCGACACUUUUGAAGUGGAGCAAACAUUGAGGGACCAUGUUGGUGUUAAAGAAAAAAGGGCAAAAGUUUUAGAGCUGGCAGUUAACUUGGCAUUAGACCGUAAGGCAACACAACGAGAAAUGACAUCUGUUCUGAUUUCUGAUCUCUAUGGAAAAUUUCUCUUACAAAAAGACAUCAGUCUUGGAUUUGAUGAUAUGUUAAAUAAUUUAGCAGAUCUGACCAUUGAUGCACCAGAUGCCCCUCAGAUAAUGGGACAGUUCAUUGCAAGAGCUGUUGCAGAUGACUGCCUUGCACCAAAAUUCAUAAGCAGUUACAAAGGCAAAGUGGAGUGUCCUCACAAACAGUCAGCCCUUGAUAAAGCUGAACUGUUGUUGAGUCGAAAACAUGGCAUUGUUCGACUUGACAAUAUUUGGGGAACCGGAGGAGGAAUCCGUCCAGUAAAAUUUUUAAUAAAGCAGAUGGUGUUAUUAUUGAAAGAGCUACUGUCUUCAGGGGAUAUUCCUGAAGCAACUAGAUGUCUUCAAGACUUAGAAGUGCCUCAUUUUCACCAUGAAUUAGUAUAUGAGGCAACAGUUAUGAUACUAGAAGAUUCCACUGAAAGGGCAGCUCAUAGAAUGUGUGAUUUACUAAAGUCAUUGGCACAAAGUGUGAUUAUCACACCAGAACAAAUGGCACAGGGAUUCCGAAGGGUAUUUGAUUCAAUGCCAGACAUCUGUUUGGAUGUACCUAAUGCAUAUUCUCUGUUGGAGAGAUUUGUCACAAUGUGUCACAGAGAGAAAGUAGUCAGUUCAGACGUAUUCCAAGAACUACCUCUAAGAGGAAGAAAAAGGUUUGUCUCAGAGGGUGAUGGUGGAAGAAUAAAACCUCAGGUGUUGUCAUAGUAGCCAUUGACAGACAUUUAACACCUUAUCAGCUGUGAAAGUGCUAUAUUUUACAAAGUGCUACAGUUAUAGGAAAAUUUCUUUCAAUUUUUGCAAUUUUACAUGACGAUUGUUCCAGCAUGACGGCAAAUGGCUUGAUUCCCAUAUCAAUUAUGGUGGUAGAUGAUGAAAUAAUGUAUUAAAUUUCUAAAGUGUUUUAAUGUGUAGAUAAUGGAUAAAAUUAAUUAUGCCGUAUGGUUGAUUCAUUUAUUUCGUACUUUGUAAAUUUGAUGAAUGUGUACAUUAUAAACCUUUAUCUGAUUGUUGAUACUGUUAUUAAAGAAUAAAAAGAA